AUGACACUAUGCCUCCUAAGCGUGCUUCUAUUGCUGCUAGUAGUCACCGUGGAAUACGGCGACGAUGACGACGACGACGACGACGGGGGCGUCGCGCGUUCGUCGCGGACGCGCAUUACCGGCAGCUAUGAUGACCUGGACGACGGGACACGUGGCAGCGGGGGGUUGGACGACUUCUGGGGGCUGGGUCAGCAGGGGCAGGGGCGUUACUGCCGGGAGCGAGGCCAGCUGGCGGUGUGCCGGCCGCCCGACGCUGUGAUUAUAGCGGAGGUAAGCGGAGAUGCGACUCGUAGCAGUGUGCCAGCCACCCGAGGCUCUGCUCCGCACCUGCUCUGCUCCGCGCCUGCUCUUCUCCGCACCUGCUCUGCUCCCAUCAGCCAACCUCACCACUCCCGGCCCUUACUUGUGUUCUCUCCCUCUCCUCCCUCCUCUUCUCCACCUCCUCUGCCUGCUCCCCUUCGUCUCCCCUCCUUCCAAGGCGAUCUGUGCUCGCAUCUGUCGUCCCUCUGCGCCGCAGCCGCCCUGCUGCCAGCAGCCAACCUCACCGCGCUCGCCCUCUGGUUCCCCGACGCUGCCAUGUCUUCCCCCACUCCCAUUCACCCUCCCUUCCCCCUCUUUCACCCCUUGUUUUCCCAUUUCCUCCGUUUUCCCCCCGGCGAUCUGGGUUCGCGGCUAUCAUCCGUCUGUUCCGCGGCCGCCCUGCUGCCAGCAGCCAACCUCACGGCGCUCGCCCUCUGGGUGCCCGAUGCCUACAUGCCGCACAUCCGCUUCUCCGACCUCUUCACUCUAACUGCCGCUGCCGCUGACGCCUCUGGUACCCCCCCUCCUCCUGAUGUGGAAGGGCGGACCUUGCGUGCUGCUGCUGGGGGGGCCGGGGGGAGCGGGGAAGGGCUAAGCAGUGGUGGUGGAGUGGAGGCAAGAGGGGGUACGGACCUUGGGAAUGUCACAGAGGGAGGAAUGGGAGCCAACAGCAGCAGCACUGGAGGCGGGGGCGGCAGUGGCAGCAGUGGUAGCAGCGGUGGUGGUGUUGGUGGUGGUGGUGGUGGUGGUGGUGGUGGUGGUGGUGGUGGUGGUGGUGGUGGUGGUGGUGGUGGUGGUGGUGGUGGUGGUGGUGGUGGUGGUGGUGGUGGUGGUGGUGGUGGUGGUGGUGGUGGUGGUGGUGGUGGUGGUGGUGGUGGUGGUGGUGGUGGUGGUGGUGGUGGUGGUGGUGGUGGUGGUGGUGGUGGUGGUGGAAGCAAGGGAAGGGGUGCGGGGCGGUUUGUGUGGGUAGAGGAGGCGAAUGAGACGGCUGCUCACUGGCGUCAGUUCCUCGCACUCACCCACCGACCGGUAAGAAUCGAGAGGCCUCUCGUCUUACUGGCCCCCCUAUUCACGCCCUUUCUCUUGGCACCCCACUCUUUCCUUUUUCCAGGCUCCAUUCCCCCCCCCACUGCACCUGUUCCCGCCUGCCCAUCUGCCCGCCUGACCACCUGCCCGCAUUCAACCCCCCCACCCCACCCUUCUUCCCCCUUGUCCGUCCGCCUUCUCUCCCUCGCCCUGCCACGCCCAUGCCAGGUGACCAUCCGCGGGUGUCAGAAGCGGGGCGCCUCUCAGAAUGCCACUGUUGCCUCGCUCACGCUCAGCCUGUACCUCUCGCCCGCCUCCAUCAACUGGCUUGUGGACGCGGUGAACCCAUGUGCAUUCGAACGCCGCAUGGCGGCAUGCAUGGCAGCGCUGCAGCCCGCCCCGCCUGUGGCCGAUCUGCUCCUGCAGGAAGAUGUCGGCCGCCUCAAGUCCGCCCUUGGCCUCUACCUCGAUGACCUCUCACUGGACGGCUGUCCCGGGUGCCCCAUAUCCGCCACCUCCUCUCCCCACCUCUGUGCCACGCGCCGCCUCGCCAUGUCCUUUCUCAAGCGCCCCUCGCUAGAUUUCGCCCUCGCCGCCCGCACCGCCCUCAACGCCGCCCGGAUUUCCGACACCUUCCACCCCUCCCGCUCGCCGUUCGUGCUGCAAGCCACCCAAUCGCGCGCUGCCACGUGUCCCAAGGGGGAGAGGGCGGAUUUGGGGAAAGUCGGGGUGGAGGAGUGGAGGAAGGGAGGUGGAGGGGGGGGAGGAGGAGGAGGUAACGGAGGAGGAGCCGGAGAAGUGGGGGAAGGAGUGGAUGGGAACGGUGCUGCUGUUGCGGAUAAUGGAGUAAGGUUAAUAGUGGGAGGGAAUGGAACGGGAGGGGGAAACGGGACGGAGGUGAGGCAGCUGCUUAGGAAGAAGAGCCUGUCACCUGAUGAUCUCAUGCUCUGUGUCCGCCUGCAGGCAGUGGAGCUGUUUGCGCUCAGCAUGACCCGAGGACUCAUCGCCCUGAAGGCCGGCCUGGCCUCGCCACAAGCCAUGUUCAUCGCCGCCCACGGCGCCGCCCGCUCCGACCUCUUCCGCGUGCAGCGCCCCGUCUGUGACUCACCGCUCCUGCUGCCGCUCACCCAGCAGAAGCUCGCUCGCUUCACCAUCAUCGAAGAGUCCCUGAAGCUGGUCUACUGCGCAAUCCCCAAGGUGGCGUGUAACUCGUGGCUCAUGUGGCUCAGGGCGCGCCUGGGCCUGCCCAACCCAGAGGACCCGCUGCUGGCUCUCAACGAGAAGGAGUGGGGCUUACACGAGCUGGCUUUGGACUUCACAGAAGAACAGGCGAUCCGCCUUAUGACCCGCCCGGACUUCUUCAAGUUCACCUUUGUGCGCAACCCCUUCUCGCGCAUUGCCUCGGCCUAUUCCAACAAGCUCGUACGCACCGACCGACCCAAGCUCAAGACCGGCACCGGCUGGGGCACCCGCCAGUACUGGAGCAACGCCUUCUUCCACGCAGUGAAGCCCAUGUACGAGGCAGUCAAGGACAGCACAGGGCUUGUCUCCUUCCCGGAUUUCGUCCGCCUUGUUGGCAAGCUGCUGGCCAGUCACCGCGCUGACAUGGAUCGCCACCUGGCGCCACAAGAAGACAUCUGUGCGCUGGGCUCCAUCAAGUACGACUUCGUGGGGCGAUUCGAGCACCUGGAGGAGGAUGUCGAGACGGUGGUCGACAGGUUCGGCGGCGAGCACCUGGACGUGUUUAGUGUUCCUACUGGUGCCACGGCGGUGCUCUCUCCAUCCACAUCAGCGUGCACGAAGCCUGCCACGUCAUCAUCGCUGUCAUCAGCACAGCAGGCGCCGUCUGAGGGGAGGAAGAUAUCCUGCGAGGACAUUCAGCUGGUGCAGAACCUGAUCGAGCGGUGCUUGCAGCUGUACAUGAGUCAGAGGGAGGUGGUGUCCACGCUGCAGUACCAGGCCAAGAUCGAACCAGGCUUCACCAAACUCGUUACCACCCCUUGUUCUCCACCCCUCCCCACCCGCCUCCACCACUCUCCAUCCCUUUCCACCCCUCUCUGCAACCACUCUCCACCCCUCUCCACCGCAGUUUGGCAGAAGCUGGAGGAGCAGAAUCCCGACUUUUUCCUUUGGCAGAAGCUGGAGGAGCAGAAUCCUGACUUCUUCCGCUCGUACCACAUGCGGCUGCGCCUAAAGGACCAGAUCCACCAUUUGGCAGAAGCUGGAGGAGCAGAAUCCCGAAUUUUUCCGUUCCUACCACAUGCGGCUGCGCCUAAAGGACCAGAUCCACCAGUUCAGCACACUCCACCCUGUUACCACCCCGUGUUCUCCAUCCCUCUGCACCCCUCUCCACCCCUCUCCACCGCAGUUUGGCAGAAGCUGGAGGAGCAGAAUCCCGACUUUUUCCGUUCCUACCACAUGCGGCUGCGCCUAAAGGACCAGAUCCACCAGUUCAACGCCCUGCUUGAACAGCACGCCCAUGCCGCCCUCCCAGUGAGUGAGGAUGGAGAGGAGUGUGAGGAUGGAGAGGAGUGUGAGGAUGGAGAGGAGUGUGAGGAUGGUGAGGAAUGUGAGGAUGGAGAGGAGUGUGAGGAUGGUGAGGAGUGUGAGGAUGGUGAGGAGUGUGAGGAUGGAGAGGAGUGUGAGGAUGGAGAGGAGUGUGAGGAUGGAGAGGAGUGUGAGGAUGGAGAGGAGUGUGAGGAUGGAGAGGAGUGUGAGGAUGGAGAGGAGUGUGAGGAUGGAGAGGAGUGUGAGGAUGGAGAGGAGUGUGAGGAUGGAGAGGAGUGUGAGGAUGGAGAGGAGUGUGAGGAUGGAGAGGAGUGUGAGGAUGGAGAGGAGUGUGAGGAUGGAGAGGAGUGUGAGGAUGGAGAGGAGUGUGAGGAUGGUGAGGAGUGUGGUUGGAAGGGGUAUGAAGGAGAGACGUCGAAUGGAUGCACGGCGCAGCUCCCCCUUUCAUGCACCCACACGCAGCCGCCGCCGCAGCAGCAGCAGCAGGGCACCACCCCCACCACCCGCACCACCCCCCCCACAUGCUCCACCACCCCUACUCCAUGCUUCCCCCAGGCCAGCAUCCCCCCCACAUGCCCCCCCACGUUCCCCCAGGCGCGCCCAUGCCUCCCCCCAUGA